AUGAAUUUCCAUGUAAAGUUUGGUGAAGUCUGCACCCCAGUCAGACUCUCUGGAAGUCUGCACCCCAGUCAGAUUCUCUGGAAGUCUGCACCCCAGUCAGACUCUCUGGAAGUCUGCACCCCAGUCAGACUCUCUGGAAGUCUGCACCCCAGUCAGACUCUCUGGAGGUCUGCAUCCCAGUCAGACUCUCUGGAAGUCUGCACCCCAGUCAGACUCUCUGGAAGUCUGCACCCCAGUCAGAUUCUCUGGAAGUCUGCACCCCAGUCAGACUCUCUGGAAGUCUGCACCCCAGUCAGACUCUCUGGAAGUCUGCACCCCAGUCAGACUCUCUGGAAGUCUGCACCCCAGUCAGACUCUCUGGAAGUCUGCACCCCAGUCAGACUCUCUGGAGGUCUGCAUCCCAGUCAGACUCUCUGGAAGUCUGCACCCCAGUCAGAUUCUCUGGAAGUCUGCACCCCAGUCAGUCUCUCUGGAGGUCUGCAUCCCAGUCAGACUCUCUGGAAGUCUGCACCCCAGUCAGUCUCUCUGGAGGUCUGCAUCCCAGUCAGACUCUCUGGAAGUCUGCACCCCAGUCAGUCUCUCUGGAGGUCUGCAUCCCAGUCAGACUCUCUGGAAGUCUGCACCCCAGUCAGUCUCUCUGGAGGUCUGCAUCCCAGUCAGACUCUCUGGAAGUCUGCACCCCAGUCAGACUCUCUGGAAGUCUGCACCCCAGUCAGUCUCUCUGGAGGUCUGCAUCCCAGUCAGACUCUCUGGAAGUCUGCACCCCAGUCAGACUCUCUGGAAGUCUGCACCCCAGUCAGACUCUCUGGAGGUCUGCAUCCCAGUCAGACUCUCUGGAAGUCUGCACCCCAGUCAGAUUCUCUGGAAGUCUGCACCCCAGUCAGUCUCUCUGGAGGUCUGCAUCCCAGUCAGACUCUCUGGAAGUCUGCACCCCAGUCAGUCUCUCUGGAGGUCUGCAUCCCAGUCAGACUCUCUGGAAGUCUGCACCCCAGUCAGUCUCUCUGGAGGUCUGCAUCCCAGUCAGACUCUCUGGAAGUCUGCACCCCAGUCAGACUCUCUGGAAGUCUGCACCCCAGUCAGACUCUCUGGAAGUCUGCACCCCAGUCAGACUCUCUGGAGGUCUGCAUCCCAGUCAGACUCUCUGGAAGUCUGCACCCCAGUCAGACUCUCUGGAAGUCUGCACCCCAGUCAGACUCUCUGGAAGUCUGCACCCCAGUCAGACUCUCUGGAAGUCUGCACCCCAGUCAGUCUCUCUGGAAGUCUGCACCCCAGUCAGUCUCUCUGGAGGUCUGCAUCCCAGUCAGACUCUCUGGAAGUCUGCACCCCAGUCAGACUCUCUGGAAGUCUGCAUAA